UGUGUCAUAACAUCAUUUCAGGUCAUCAAUGUGAUGAGAAACCCCAAAGAUGCUUUUACAUCGCUGUUUUAUUAUUCUGAGAUGGCCUCCCACUGGGUCAACCCAGGCUCACAGAGCGAGUUCCUCCACAAGUUCCUUGAUGGAAAAGUUGUGUACGGCUCAUGGUUUCAUCAUGUGAAGAGCUGGCUGAAUGCUGAAGAUAAAGAGCACAUCAUGUACAUCUCCUACGAAGAAAUGAUAAUGGACCUGAAGGACACUGUGGCCAGAAUCGCUCAGUUCUUGCAGAAAUCUCUGGACGCUGAGGUGAUAGAGAAGAUAGCAGACCGAUGUUUGUUCAAGAACAUGAAGAAGAACAACAUGUCAAACUACAAAUCUGUUCCUCGUGAACAGAUGGACCAGACAAAGUUUGAUUUUCUAAGGAAAG